CUGCUGCAUGGAUAGUUCUACAUUAGAGCUGGAGGUAGUUAGGGGAACACUCAGCGUUGCUGCCUGAACUGCUUUACUGCAUGCAGAGAGCAGAUUGUAAAAGUACAGCGGAGCAUGAGUGAUCCCACAGCAUAGAGGAGAUAAUGGUUCCCAACUGCUUUGAGGACUUGUGGAGAGUUUAGAUGCUCCUGUUAGCACAGAAAGACAGCAUCGACCUUUAACAAAGAAAGAAGGCAGGAAGCACUAAAACUUGUGGUCGCUUGUUCCUGAAGCAGCCUCCAGCUUUCUAGAUUUGCCAUAUUUGGCUUCCAAGCAUGGGCUGCUCAUCAUCCAGCGCACAGACAGUGGAGCAGGAGAAGAGACCAGGCACAAAGCCUGAGGAGAGCAGCGGAGACACAGCGGCAAUCAGAAACGGCAUCAUCGCAGAAGAUGUACGGACCAUUGAGGACCAGAAGCAGCUGCCUGUGCAGACCGCCUCACCAGACGAUGCUGAAGCGGGACCUGAAGACGAGAUGGAGGCUGUGCUGGAGGCCGUGGAGGCCCAGGAGGAUCUCGGGUCUGGGGAAGAUCUCCUUGUAGUUCCUGAGCCACCUGCAGCUGGUGAGGAGCUGGCACCACAGCCUGCAAUAGAAGAAGAAGUUGCUGUCACAGUAACUGAGGUAUUGUCCCCAGUGGAGGAAGCACUUCCUGUAGAAACUGUAUCAGCAGAAGCCCCUUCUGAAGUCAAAGCGGUUGAGGCCCUGGAGGAGUCCCCUGAAGCUCAACCUGUUGAAACUGUGCAGACAGAGGUCCCUGUUCUUGUUGAGGAAGAAGUUCCAGUAUCGGUUGUAGAGGAGCCAGCAGGGACCGCCGGCGUUCUGGAAGAGGGAGUGGCUGAAGACGCCUCCAAAGCAGCAACUGAAGAUGCUAACCCUGUCCAGGACGAAGCCCCACCCGGCAGUACCUCACCAGAAACUGACUCAGAGACUCCUGCAGCAGCUGAAGCUUCAACAGCAACCACAGAUUCAGUAGCCAACGAAGCUGCAGCCCCAACCGAACCCUCAGAGCCUGCAGAUGCGGUAAUAGACACAACUAUUGCUGCAGCAAGUAUUCCAGAGAUGCCUCCGGUAACUGCUGCUCAAGCUGAGCCUCACUCUGCCACCGAUGAGGAGACGGAGGUUUCCACAGUCUCCUCUGAUGUUACUCCCUCACCAGACGAGGCGUCCGGUCCUGUAGGGGUUUCAGUCCCGGAGCCAGCUGAGGGUUCUGAAGCUCCACCAGUCGCGGUGAAUCCAGAGUCCAGUACGGAGACUGGAGUCACAGCAGAAGUUCCUGAGGGGAAGCCCAGCGUGAUGCAAACUGAAGCCCCCGCAGAUCCAGAACCUGCAACUGAGCCGGUUCCUGAAACGUCACCAGAGGUGUCAUCUGUAAAUGAGGCCUCUAAGGAUAAAGAAGAAGAAAUAGCCAAAAAGCAAGAUUAAGAUGAUCAGAGAUUCACCAAGUAACGAAGCCACAAAGUGACAGGUGAAGACCAGAGGAGGAAAAAACCGUGAAGAAAAAACUAAAAAAAGUCUAACUUCUAUUUUUGUCUCAUCAACACCAAACUGCACAAUACAUUUAUGAUUAUUGAAUCUGCCUCAAUAAGUUUUCCUUCAGGAUAAAUGAGGAUUUCCUCCGUGUUUGUAUUUAAGCAGAGAGAAUGAGUUUUUCUACUUAGACCACAAAGUGCCUGGAGCCACAUGUUUUCUCAGGCACUAAAAUAUGCAACAAAAACACUUAGGUGGCGAGGAGUGUGAGGGUGCAAUGCUACACGGGAUCUCUUGGUAAUGAGGUAGGCAACUGUAGGCUUGAAGUAUUUAAAAAGUAUGAAGGAUGCUGGCACCACAUCCUUCAUUACAGCUUUCUGAGGGAAACAAGCCAAAUUUCACUGUGAAUACAAAAACAAAUGCUCAAAGACGCGGAGGAACAGAACUGUUUCACCAAGCAGGGUCGCAACUAGGUAAGGGUCGGUGCUUUGACAGCGGCUGUGUUUCCAUUAGAAUUGUGUGCAACAUGUUUGUCGAUAUUCUGUUCAUGUAAAACCCCCCACUAUUUCGCAAUUGUGGUGGUUUUAUGACAUAAAAAGCACAAUUAAAAUCAGAUGUGACUAAGGUUGUUCACACUAUAAUGUUAUUAAAAAUAAAUGCCGCGCCACCAUCAUCCAACCACUUCCUGUCGUUUUGUCAUUUCCGUCAGUAGCAACAUCUGGUUGUUGAUCAUUUGUGUGAUGCAAAAAAAGAAAAAAGUGCUUCCUUUGCAGUUUUGCAAAAUAUAAUACUUGACAUUUUUCAAAAUUGGCUUUCCCAUUAAGCAAACUUAUUCAGUGCGCAAUUUUAACGUUAAUGGAAACACAGCUGGUAUUAUGCUACUUGCACAAAAUGCUAAGCAAAAAUGUACGUGAUCUAAUUGCUUGUAUUUUUAACAGAAAUUCACAGUUUAUUCCUGCGGCUACAUUAACAAUUUUCACAUUGUACUCUAUCUUUUGCUCUUUGUAGAUUAACAUGAACUGAUGUUAUCUGGUUAUUUGUUCUGGUUUGGCUGAUUAACACACCUACCACUCCUGGCUAUCAAAACGACUUUGAUAGGAUUGAUGGAUGGAGGUCCUUUAGGUUUUUUAGGAUCAGGACUUCUAAGCAUUCACAUUUGCGUCUCUUGUACGAAAAGGCAAAGGUGUCUGGAAAUUCUUGGAGCCAGCUGACCUGCAGUGAGCAGAAAAAAAAAAGAGGGGCAAUGCUGCGUUUCUCUUCGACA